UAUUUUGCGACAUGACUGCCGAUUUACGUCAUACCGGAAGUAGCUCAAAAACAAAAUAAAAAUUAUUUUAGUUUUCUAUAUUUUUCAUAAUGGCAGAUUUGUCAAAUAUGGAAGAUAUUGCAUUACGUAAAACAGAGAUAAAUUCAAAACUUGAAAAGGAGAUGAGUAACUUAUCAUUACUGAGAGAUGCUUUGAAGAAGAGUAAUACAAAUACAGAAAACAUGCUGAGUAUUCUUACCAGUUUUGAAGGUCGUCUACGUAAACUGGAACAGACCAUUGUACCUGUAUAUAAUGAAACAGAAAAUCUGAGAAGAAGACAAGAAAAUAUAGACAAGACAAUGACCACACUAGACCAUGUUCUAGGAUACUAUCAUAUAUCACAGGAAGCUGAUAUGAUGAUCAAAGAUGGACCAGAGAUGCAUGGGUUAGACAGAUAUCUUCAGCAAAUGGACAAAAUACUGGAAGCUUUGAACUAUUUUAAGAAGAAUAAUCAGAAUACAGUUGAACUGCGUGACGUGGCUGCUCUAUUUGAACAAGGCAAGGACUGUUUACAGGCUGAGUUUCAGACGUUGUUGGCUCGACAUGGUCGUCCAGUUCCUCCUGUCUCAGUAUUAGAUCUCAUUGGUGGGGAUGAAGAGUUACAAGGUGACACAUCAGAUGUACAGAUGGAACAUCUCCCAGAGAAGGUUAUAGAAGACCUCAGUGACAUCAGUAAAUGGUUGAUCACCAAUGGCAACACAACAGACUUCCUCAAGAACUACAUAACAAUGAGAUCCAGCAUGCUUAUCAAGUCACUGACUGGGCAUUUUUCAAAGAAAGCCUCCACAGCCUUACUGAAAUCUCCAUUUGAAGCUGGUCACCGAAGGACGGGUUCUGCUGCCGAGAUGAUAAAAGACGAGCAAUGUGAUGUUGAUAUUGAUGUUUAUAUCACAGAGCUGACAGCACUUCUAAAGUUAAUGCAGAGUGAAUUACAACUGCUUGUUCAGAUAGUUCCAGAGAAGUACCAGAGAUCUGUGUAUGAUAAUAUUGUACAACCUGGGUUGGAAAGUGUAGUCAACGAAGGAGAGACUCUGGCAGCAUAUUCAAGAAAGAGUAUUGGUCGUCAUGAAUUUAGUUCUGUACUCUCUAUAUUUCCUGUAGUUAAACAUCUGCGAUCAAUUAAACCAGAGUUUGAUCGUAAUCUAGAGGGUUGCCAAGCACCUACAAGAGCUAAACUUGCUUCAUUGUUGUCAACAUUAGGUAGCACGGGUGCAAAAGCAUUGGAGGAGUUUAUAGACAAUAUAAAGAAUGAUCCGGACAAGGCCUCCAAUAUGCCUAGAGAUGGCACUGUACAUGAACUUACAAAUCAUACAAUGGUGUUCAUGGAACAGCUACAGGACUAUGUGGAGACAGCUGGAGCUAUGUUACUUAUGCAUGGUGAGCAGGCAGCACCAAGUGAAGCUGUUGAUGACAGGAAAAGUCGAUUAAAGCUGGCAGACUAUUGUACAAAGGUGUUGUCUGCAUUAGGUCUGAAUUUGAGCAACAAGGCUGAAACAUACAGUGAUCCCUACCUUAAACCUAUCUUCAUGCUGAACAACUUCAACUAUAUACUGAAGUCAUUAAGAAGGUCCGGGUUGAUAGACCUCAUACACAAGUGGAACAAAGAUGUAGAGAUGUUCUAUGAAGAACAGAUUAUGGACCAGAAAAAAGCUUAUUCACAAAGUUGGAGUCGAGUAAUGCAUUUUAUACUGGAGAUGAAUGAACCAAUGUCCUCACAGAGAAUGGCCAAUCCUGAUGCCAAGUUAAAAGAUAAAGAAAAACAGAAUAUAAAGGAUAAAUUUACAGGCUUUAACAAGGAGCUGGAGGAAAUCCUGCGUACACAGAAAGGUUAUGCCAUUCCAGAUCAGGAGUUACGAUCUUCAUUGAAGAAAGACAAUAUAGAAUUUAUCAUUCCUGCCUACAAAAUAUUCCGUGAUAAGUACAAGAGAAUGAAUUUUACAAAGAAUCUCGACAAGUAUAUAAAAUACACUGUGGAAGAUGUCGAGGAAAUGAUAAAUAGGUUCUUCGAUACAGCAGCUUGAUGACAUUCCUUGGCUGAUAAUUAUGUGAAUUGCUUAACUGAAACUGCAUCCUUGCCAUAAAAGUAGUGCUCAGAAGUAGCCACUUAAUUUUUUUCGAGUUUUAAAACUGUUACUUCCAAGUUAAUUUAGAGUGUUCCUAGUGAUUGUUGGCAGUUGAAACAUCAGUUGAUGAAGGUAACAUUUAAACUGGCAGUUAAUUGCAAUCAGUACUUUAAAAGGACAAAUAGUGACUAACACUGUGAUAGUUGUCUUCUCUUGUCAUCUGAACCAGGAAGUACUUUCGAAAUGUGCAAUACAUUCAUUAGUUUUGCUGUAAUAUGCAAGAAUGUGCAAUAUUAAUAUGUAUAUAUAACA